AAUAUGAUAAUUUUAAUCGUUCCAAAUGUAGUUGAAUCCGCUAUUUGAAAUACUAACCGUGUGAAAUGUGUGCGCCUCGUAAACGUGUUUAUUCGCUAGAAUGCAACAUGGAGUGAAACAUCAAGCGCGUUACGUAAUGAAAGAUGAUUAUUUUUUUCACGUAUUGCAUCGCAUAAAAUGAUUUUUAAAAGUAUUUCGGAUAUGAGUUGUGAUUUUUUUCAAAAAUGUUGCAAAACACACAUAUACGUAUCUCUACUAGUCUCACAACUGUCACUAUUUUCUGGGUUUACUCAUGCUUAUUCGGCAAUUUUAAUACCUCAACUGACAGAUCCCAGUUCUUCGUUACAAAUUCAUUCUAGCGAAGCUUCGUGGAUAGCGAGUUUUGGAACCAUUUGUCGUCCUGUGGGUGCCUUUUUUGAAGGACUGAUAAUAGAAAAAUAUGGAAGAAAACGGUGCAUUCAAAUUUCUACCGCAUUGCACGCGUGUUCAUGGAUUUACCUAUCGUUUUCAUGCGACAUUCUUUCGAUUUAUUUUUGCAGAAUAUUAACUGGUCUUGCCACAGGCAUGGAGUACUCGGCUGGAAUUUAUAUGAUAGAAGUAAGUCCAACUUCACAAAGAGGAACUUUGCUAUCAUUGAUGGCUCCAAUAACUGCUACCGGGACCCUUAUUACGUAUAUUUUAGGAUACCUUCUCAGCUGGAGAUUGACAUCAUUAAUUUUCGGAAUUUAUGCGCUUCUAAUGCUCAUUUUACAACUAUUCAUUUACGAUACUCCUAUAUGGUAUACCAUUAAAAAUCAAAAACAUCAAGCUUUGAGAAGUUUGCUAUGGUUACGAGGUGACAACCGGUCUCAAGUGAAAAACGAGUUGGAAGAUUUAGAAAUGAAAAUCCAAAUGCAUAAAGAUAGUCAAACAAAAUAUCUUAAACGUUUCACUGAUCGUUCAGUCUGGAAGCCAUUCAUGAUAUUACUGAUAUUUUCAAUUUUUCAAAAAUCCGCGGGUCAGGAUGCUAUAUUUGCAUACGCUGUGAAUUUCUUCUCACUUUUUAGAACCAACAUUCAACAAAACGUUUUGUCAAUCAUAUUCGCCAUUAUUUCCCUCAUUGGUAGCAUGAAUAUUGUUUUAUUGGUUCAUAAAUUCAACCGCACGACUAUCCUCUUAUACUCUGGUUUAGGAAUGAGUAUCUCAUUAGCUAUAGGAGCUAUUUUCUUAGAAUUCAAUCAGACGUUGAUAACGGUAUGUUGUAUUUUCAUGUAUAUUUAUUGUUGUAUGUCUGGAAUGAUGAGUGUGCCCUAUAUGAUUAUUGGAGAAAGCUUUCCCUAUCAUGUUAGAGGUGUUAUGGGAGCCGCAGUGUCCGUAUUCAUGUUUUUACCUUCUUUUUUCAACAUCAAGUUAUUCCUUACCCUGACCGAAAUCUUGCAACCUUUCGGAUUACUAUGUUAUUACUCCUUUUUUGCAUUAUGCGCUGCAGUAUUUUCAAAACUAUUCAUCGUCGAAACGAGAGGCAAAACGUUGGAUGAAAUUACGGAAGAAUAUGCCAAUUAAAGUUCUCUACAAUUAAGUUAGUCAAUAUUUUCUGCUUUUCUUGUGUUUUAGAAUAAGAUACUCAAAGUUCGCAUGCAUAAGACGUAGAUAUGCAUUUAUACAUAGGAUAUCUAUUAAAUACGGGUAGGUCUAGGUACAUAAGUACCUGUGUCAGCUAUGUCUAGUCAUUUUGAUGUUAUAUCAUAUUAUAUGCUAAAUAAAGUAAACCAUUAGUUCUAAAUUGAAUUCCUAUCAUAUUUUGAAGAAUAAAUUUAAAAGUACUUUAAUUAUUACGAUACAAAACCUUAAUAUUUUACACCAAGUAUGUAUUUCCAGAUAGUGUUGAAAGGUCAAAACCCCUAUUUAUGUAAACGAAUGGGUGUUGGACUAAUAUAACCUUGUACUUCUAAAUACAAUGUAUUUGUAGGGUAAUUUUCCAUAGUGCACCAAGUCCAAAAACCAAAUUUUUCAGAUACAAAAAAAAUUGCGUUAAUAUCUCAAGUAGGGUAGGGAUUGAUAUGAGUAACGUGAUUCCAUUCAAUUUUCUCGAAGACUUCCAUAUCUUCUUCUACUUCCAUCAGUUCUAUGAAGUUUUCAAACAAAAAUGAAAAGCGAAAUGGCAUUAAGUAUAUUGUUAACAUUAUAUUUCCAAUGCAUUCUACUUCAGUUACUUCUAUGUUUGCAUCAAUUUUAACCUCCAACUCUUUGGAAAAUCUAUUUUAAAAUUUUAAAAAGUUUUUGUGAUGAAAAAUAAAAAAUAUUUUGAUUAAUGAGA